AUGACACAAGAGGGCAAAAAAUCACAGUAUUUUUCUAAUGGAGACUUUGAAAAAGUGGCGGCCGAUAUUAUUAGUAGUCCCCGAAGAUUGAAGCAUUCAAGUCCAGGUGAGAAAUUGAUAUUAUUGGUUCUUUAGGUAUCAAGUUUAUAUAAUGCUUUUAAACGUGUGCUCCUAUAGAAUCUAUACACUAAAAUAUAACGUUUCAAGCCCUAAAAUUAUUAUUCAGGGGACUCAUCGGAUUCGCUGUUUCGAAUCAGUGAAAAGCAGCAGGAGUACUACUCCAAAUGCUUCCGGCACCUCAUCAAAAGCACCCAGGGCGCUGUGGACUUGUCCGGAGCGCUCUGCGGAGCCGACCAACGCAUCGUCGCUUUUUUCAAGCGAAGUUCUCUUGACGUGGCGUCACUCUCCAAGAUUUGGUCAUUAGCCGACGUAAACGAAGACGGAUGGCUGGAUCUUAGCGAGUUCUCAAUUGCAAUGCACUUGGUGGUUCUUCGGGUGAAAGGGGAAGUUCCAAUUCCGGAUGCCCUUCCUUCUUUUGCCAAACCGCCCAUGACAGCUCAACGUGAAAGAAGUCAGUCGAGUCGGAGUACGACUGAAAGAGGCCCAGUGCCAGUUCUCGUAUCGCCGUCACCUACUCCAUGGGCCGGGGCUCCGGCCAUCAAACAGUUCUCGGAUACGCCUCCGCUGCUGGUAGACAGUAGGCCAACGGCCAUCAAACAUUCGGCGCUACUGGCGCUCAAAAGUCCUUCCGGACCGCCACCAAUUCCACCGGUCAGACCACAACAGAGAGGACAUAAUCGGAGUGCGAGUCUUGAUUUGAAGCUGAUCGCUCUGAACAAUGGGAAAGUCUCGUCUGAUCCUUCUGUUCAUCCUCCAAAUACACUAUCUCUGUGGUCAUCACAUUCGGAUCCUCAGCCUGUCAGCUCCACAACCACAACGGCAACUUUCGCCUCGUUUCCAGGUAAUUAUUAUAUCUUGUUGUGCUUCAGAAACAUUAUUUUCAGGCACCCCGGACAGCAUUCCGCCUCCAAUCCCGCAAAGAAUCACUCCCUCUCCACUUCCAGUGAGUUUUUCUACUUUUUCGGAUAGUUGGCUGAACUGAAAAUAUGGCUAAACAAACCAAUUAUAUGUAUUUUCAGAAAGUAAUUGAAGAGGAAAAAGAAAAAGAGCGAGAAAAACGUACGUCGGAUUCGGAAACGCAGACGGAAGGAGUGUUCUACGCGGAGGAGGAAGUCGAAACGUUCUUUGGAAAUCUCGGGCAUCAAAUCGACGACCUGCUCGGGGAGGAGAUCGGCGCCAGCGACGGACAGGGUCUGGAGCGAUGGAGCAAGCGGUGCACGGCUCUCCGACAACAGAAUGCCGAACUAGAAGCGGAAAGAGCAAGACUGGCUCAAGUACGCAUUCAACUUGAGAUCCGGCUUCAGGAGUUUGAGGAGCGCUCCAAGACGGCGUGCUCUUCGUCAACACUGUAAUAGUCUAUGCAUCAUUUGAAAUAGUAUCAUUCUGUCUCAAAUCAAUCAUAAUUCUGUGAUAUAUUUUUCCUCAUUUAAUAAUGGUAAUAAUAAUAAUAUGUUAAGCAUCAAUCCGUUAUCGUUGUGAUCAUGAUAAGAACUCUGUUAAAACUCUAUUUUGUGUAUAUGUGAUGAUAAAGAUCGAUAACAUGAAAACAGCUGCUCCCUCCGUGUGUAAUAUUGUGCGAUUCCAAGUUAUGGGACACGAAAUAAAAGAUGUCUCGGCCAAUGGGGACCAAACAUUUGGGCGCGAAUCUCGAUUUUAUCCAAUUUGGGAGUGAGAGGAAAAGCCUUGCUUCUCCGCUUUCUCCGUCUUUUUUCCUCAUCCCUUUGCUCCGUUACCCGUCUCUCCCAAUAGAAUCAAUUCUUGACUUCUCUUUCUUCUUCUUCCUUAUCUUCUUGAAAUAGACCCAACUACCAUUUUCAGCAUGAAACUGCUCGCCGUCCUCCUGCUCAUCGCACCCAUAAUAGCCUCUCCGUGCACCACAACCGAUCAGAUCAAAUUUUUGCAAUGCAAAGGAACAAUUUUGAAAAUUCAAGACACACUGAGGACGUAUGCGUCACAAGGAGACAAAUUACCGCCGCAGUCGGUGUUCAAGCAAAUCUCCAAACUGUGUAAUUCGGCUGUGGUAGGUGGAUAAAGCAGAAAUUUAGAAGUUUGCAUUGAUAGGCCAUUGCAGAACUGCGUUGGCCAAAUCGAGUGCGUUGAGGCCAAAAAAGGUGUAGGAAUGAUGCAUACGGCGUGCGAAGGAAUUGAAUUGAGCGCCGGGCCAUUUGGAGAGUGCAUGGCAAGAAUUCAGACCAAUCCUCCAAGUGUCAAAGAAUAUCCAUGCGCCUAUAUUUUUGAGAAAGAAGCGGUGAGUCUUCCCUAGAAGUGCUUGACUGAAUUUUCUAAAAGACAAAUAUUUUGAUUGCUGUCGUUCAAGUUUGGCACUUUCAAGAUGUUCAGUAUCCUAGAAUUUCUAGCCAGCUACAAUCACAUUACUUUUUCAGCUCGACUCAAAAUCGAAACGAUGCAAGAUGUUCUCAGAAGACGUGGAAUGUGUAGCACGUGUCUCAAAAGAGCUGUGUGGCUCCACGGCUGCCGACGCCUUCCGGAAAGGAAUUCCGAGCAUGAGGACGCUCCUCAAGUGCUGA